GCUCUCUCCCUCCUUCUACAUGAGUCAGUAAGAGGGCGGGGAGAACACAUGGUCCCAGCACCACCUGCUGACCUAUAUCGGCGGCCGGGCAUGAGGAGGGGGGAGGGCCCAUGCUGCUGCUGGGCUCUGUAUAUACACAGGACCAUGGCAGGAUUCUAAUCCACCUUCUGAAAGGAAAUGCUUUUGUGUGGAAUGUGGAAGAUGCUCGUAAGAUCCGGGAGCAGCACGGGGUGGUUGGGAACCUAGUAGGAGCCUUGGUGAGAAAACCCAGACAGAAUACACGGCUUGGCCUCCCACUACAGCUCCUGCCGGAGGAAGCCCGGCUACUGGUAGAAAUUGGGGCAGCAACUCUUGUUUGCAGCCGUUUGCAGGAAAGUGCACCACCCAAACAUGAUGGAUUGCCCAUGGACAUCACAAACAUUUCUACUACUGUAGAUGAGGAGGACUCAAAAACAAAUGCUGAGGCCUAUGCGCAGUUUCUGCAUGAUAGCUACGAAGAGCAACGGCAGCUGGCUUUGCAAGAGAAGCGCCGCACCCUUGAGAGCUUGGCAGAACAUAUUGCAGAAGGAAGAAGCAAAAGAAAAAGGCAGCGUGGUGAACAAGAGGAGCUUGGUGGGUCAUCUUCUCAAGGACCUAUUAAAGAGGUUCAAAACCUAGAGAAGACCAUUCAUUUCCCGGAAGAAGCAAUGAUGGUGCAGAUUCCAACAGCUCAAACACAUCUUGGUAACGUAGAGGAGGUGGAUGUACAUCAAGUCUCCUCAGAUUGGCCGUACUCAGGCCAGAAAAACCAUGAAAUGCGCUAUAAGGUUUUCCGAGACCUUUGGCAGAAAGGAUUCUUCCUCACCAGUGGCAGCAAGUUUGGAGGAGACUUUCUUGUUUACCCAGCAGAUCCCAUGCGCUUCCAUGCACAUUACAUUGCCAUCUGUUUUCCACAAGCUGAGGAAAUUGCAUUGAGUGACAUCAUCACUGUGGGACGUUUGGGUACAAAUGUCAAGAAGACAGUACUGCUGUGUUCAUCUAACCAGGAGGGAAGUGUGACGUACACAUCUUUACAGUGGUCGGGGUUGCAAUGAAAAGCUAUCAUCCGCUGUUUGUCUAACAAACCUGGGAGCUUCAGCUCACUUCUCCAGUCUGCGCUCAUGUCUGUCACCCUGUACCGCAGGUCCAUAGGAAAGACAGAAGACCUCAUGGACUACAAAAGCAUUCAGAACUAAGGACGAUAUUUAUGUGAUCUUAUCAUCUAAAGUUUUGUUGUGUCGGAGUAGGUGUAAUGAGAACUUAUGGGCCUCAGCUACAUUAUGGAAGGAUAGGAGACCAAGAAAUCCAGUGUAACUGAUCCGGGAAGUCACUGCAGAAUGAGAAGGGUGUAGUAGGGUAUGCCGGCGACCAGCAUACCGGCGCCGGAAUCCCGACCGCCGGCAUACUGACAGCUUGGCAGGCGCAAAUGAGCACCUUGCGGGCUCGCCACGCUGCAAGCACAGUGGUGUGCUACGCUAUCUAUUCUCCCUCCAGGGGGGGGUCGUGGACCCCCAAGAGGGAGAAAAGAUGUCUGUAUGCCGGCGGUCGGGUUUCCGGCUCCGGUAUGCUGGUUGUUGGGAGCCCGGCCGCCGGCAAACAGAAGACCACCCGAAUGAGAAUAUAUAUUCUUAUUAUGUAGGUAAUGUCUCUCACAACUCUACUUUCCCAUCAUAAGCUGGGAGAGCCUGAAUCCAAAGUAAGAUGUUGCAAAACAAAAUGAUGUGAUGUCUUUAUGAAAAUGUUUCAUUUGAAACUUUAAACUAGCUUGCAUAGGGAUGCGGUUAAUAUACCACCAGCCGGGAUUCAGGAUACUGACGCCGGAAUCCCGAGAGGCAGGGAAAUGCACAUGGCACCAGCUGCGUGGCAGUAGUAAAAAACAUAGAUUUGUAUUCAAACCAGAGCAAGAGACUUUUGCUAUUGGCGCUAACAAUAAUAUCCUGAAAAUCUGUGUGUGUGUAGCAAAUAAAACAGAGGGGGCUUUGUGAUAUUUUGAUCAAAACAUUUACGUUUGCAACCCAUCAUCAAGGGACCCCAAUCGUCUGUAAGUCCCUACACUUGCAUACACCACACCAUUACAGUGCACUAAAUCUCAUGCUUUCUCCUUGUGUUUAACACUACUUAAGAGUUACUACUGGACCCUCAAUUGUGAGAAAUAGAGGUAUAUGUAAAUUAUGCUGCAUUCAGACUGCAAAUGCCGGAUCCUACCCGGUAAGACAAACGUGUACUUACCGGGUGGGAUCCGGCAUUUGCACUCCGCUGCUGGCUUUCCGACCCGGCAAUAUACCGGGUCGGUUGCCAUAACAAUGGAGCGCGCAGCAGGGGCGGGGGUGGAGGCGGCGUCGGGAGAUGAGCUCAUCUCCAGCGCCGCCUCUCCCUAUCUUGUGAAUGGGAACCGUGUCGCAUCGACACGGCUCCCAUUCACACCGCACCUGACCCGGUAAUCAACCCGGGUAAAACCCUUCUUUUUUACCGGGUUGAUUUACCGGGUCAGGUGACCCGCUAAAUCGGCCAGUGUGCUUUCACAUCGCACACUGACCCGGUUCGACACGGCAAUAUGCCGUGUCGGUACCGGGUUAUUUGUGCGAUGUGAAAGGGGUAUGAGAGAUCUGAAGCUGGAAGUAACAAGCAAAAUAGAACUGAUCAGUAUCCAUAAAUUGAUUACUGCUCUUGUGUUGGUUGGAAAAUUUUAUGGGAAAAUCUGACACUUUUCUUAAUGCCUCUGAUGAAACAAUUGCCUAUUUUGAUACCAAUUUAAAGAACAUUUAGUUAAAAAAAACUUUAUUAAUGGUAUUGCAGAUGGUCUAGAAGAUAUUUAUAUCCAAAGUGGAUAAUAGUAAGCAGCAUUUUUCUCUGGGUUCCAUGUGUCCACCAUUACAAGUCAAAUUAAAUGUCAAGAUGGCCACCGCAAUACCAAUAUAUAUUUACCUUUACAAAAGUAGUAGAUGAAUAUUAAAGAUGAUAGUGGCUUCUGUUCUUCCA